AUGUUUCUGAUUAUUUCAGGCCGAAGUAAACCAUGCCCUCAAGGAGACAAUUGUUCAAAUCCUGAAUGCGAUCUACUUCACUCAGACAGCUGGGAGUCAAUGAUCGUGGCGCCAACAACUAAUCCUGUAGUUGCUUCAAUGCAGAAAAUAAAAUCGCAAAGUGGAUAUGGAACCGUUAGAACUGGAUUCAAAACUAUUCAACAACGUUGGAUAGACCGCAAGAAUGCUCGCUUGCCAGUCUUAGAAUGUCGUGAGCAGUUUCUCCAACGAUUAGAAAAAGAAAAAGCGUUGGUCAUAACAGCUGAAACAGGUAGCGGCAAAUCAACUCAAUUAGCGCAAUAUACAGCCGAGCAUGAUACAUUUGGACAAGGUUUAACUGUUUGUACACAACCACGUGUCAUGGCUGCCAUUUCUAUUGCUCGACGUGUUGCUGAAGAAUAUGAUGGUGGUGAUGUUGGUUAUUCAGUUGGCUAUUCAGUUGGCGGUGGUAAUACAGUCAAUGGUAAUCGCAUUAUGUUUAUGACAGAUGCCACUCUUGUUCGCCAGUUGAAACACGAUCCAAAUUUAGACAAAAUAAGUGUUCUUAUUAUUGACGAGGCACAUGAACGAUCACUUUAUACAGAUAUUGUACUUGGAAUUGCUAACAUUUUGAGAAAAAAGAGACCAGAUAAUUUUUAUGUUGUCAUCACUUCGGCCACCAUUGAUCCCAAACCAUUUUUAAACUUUUUCAAUUGUCAAACAACACCAUUACAUGUGCCUGGACGUGUAUACCCUGUGACACUUGACUAUCAAAAUCCACCUAGUGAAAUUAAGUUCAACCCCAAUAAACUCAUAUCAGAAUUUAUAAUACCUACUGUUUUAAAAACAUUGAAAAAUUACAAUGAAGGUCAUUGUCUGGUCUUUUUGCCUGGACAAGCAGAAAUCGAGCAGGCAUUGAAACAUUUUAGACCAAACGCACCAGAUAAUGUUACUCCUUUACCUUUGUUUGGUUCGUUAUCACCAGAAGAACAAGAAAAUGUGCUCAAGUUCGAUGUUCAAGAUGAUGAUAUGCGUAUGAUUGUUUUUUGUACGAAUGUGGCUGAAACAUCAUUAACAGUACCAGGCGUUAAACUUGUCAUUGAUUCGGGUCUAGCUAAAGAGGCACGCUAUGAAACAAAACGACGUAUGACUGUACUUGAGCUUGUACGCAUUUCGCGCUCAUCGGCUGAUCAACGAAAGGGCCGUGUUGGACGUUUGUCUACAGGUCACUGUAUACGUUUAUUCGACGAAAAAGAAUUAACAAGACAAAAUAUAGAACCCGAAAUACUUCACUCAUCUUUGGAUGCUGUUAUUUUACAACUGUCUCGCAUCCGACUCGAUCCAUUAGCAUUUCCGUUUAUGGAUAAGCCUUUGCCUGAAUUACUUCAAUCAUCUGUGACAUUAUUGAAACAAAUUCGCUGUAUUGAUAGUGUAACAAACGAAAUUACAAAGCGAGGUGAAUUAUUUGCUAAAUUACCAUUUGAUCCUCGUUUAAGUGAAUUUGUAUUACUGGCCUAUGAAAAGUAUAAUCUAUUAGAUAUACCUGCAACAAUAGCAGCGAUUCUUUCUGCACCUGGUUCCAUCUUUUUUAUGGGUGGAACAACAAAAGAGAAAAAAAUAAAAGCAAAGCAAGAUAUAGUCAAAGGUGCUUUAGGAUAUGACAGUGAUUUAUUGUAUAGUUAUGAAGUAUUUCAAAAAUGGAUUGAUUUUGGUAAAGUUGACGAGAAUGACGGAUGUACUACAUGUAACGAAAAACUGAGUAAAAGUCAAAAAAAAACGGGAUGUCGCCGUUGUCGAGUUCAGCAUACAAUUAAGGAUGGUCUUAACAAUAAAGUGUAUGAAAUUGUGCAGAAAACCCGUGAUAAUUUUAUAAGUACCAUUAUGGAGCCAAAAUGGAAUGUACGUCAUAUACAAUUGUCAAUAUCAGGUAAUACUAACACUACAACGAUGACGAGAACAGCACUAAUACAUACACAAGGUGCCGGAAAACCCAACAAUAUUGUAGAAUAUCUUGGUGAAUGUUUGAAAUUAGUUUUUGCAGAUCAGUUAUGUACAGUAUUAAUUCCACAUAUGCCAAGUGAGGGUGUUCGGAUCGUAUCUGCCAAUGUGCGGGCUAAAAUUAAUGAUAUAUCAACUAUUCUGCAAAAAAAUCGAGAUUCGCCAUUUCAUCAAAUUAUAGCCAUGUCCAUAACACAAUUACCAUCUGGUCUUUAUGUGGUUGAUCGCAUCCAUCCUUUAGUAGAUAUAAUGUCAGUUAACGAUCAGACGAUGACAAUGGUGGAAGCUGUUUCAAUAGAAAAUACUGGUUCGCUAAUAGCGAGUGAAGUACGAAAAAAGGUAUUAUUCAACAUCAAAGAAACUUGGGCUACAUGGUCUGUUUGUAUUCAUGAUACAAAACAAGCUCGUCUUCAAGUAUUUUGUCCAUUAAAAUUCCAACAAAGUGCACAAAAAGAACUUAAAAUAAUUACGCAAGAUUUAGUCAAAACAUACUCUGAGUAUGAAGUAGAAGAAAUGUUGCCAAAUGGUACUGGUGUGGUCAAAGUACAGAGCGGCCUUGCUAUUGCUAACAUUGAAUUAACUGGAAAAAGUUGUCGUGUAAAAAUGAAAAAUUUACCUUGUGAGAACCGUGACGAUUGCAUCGAUUGGAUUAGAGUGAACUAUAAAGUGGAUCUCAAAGAUCGAAAUUUGGUAAAAUGGCUUAAUUUUCAACCUAGCUGUUUAAAGAACGUUGAUGAUGUGGAUGAUGGUGAAGGCGAAUCAGGUAAGUAG